ACGUCCGCGGUUACACUGAAACAUUCUGAAAAAUAAUUAAAUCCUGAAAUUAAAGUUAAAAAUUGUUAACUGGGCCAAGUGCUAACUUCGAAGAUUCUUUGGAGUUACACCAAGAGCAGCGCAAGCUUCAGGAAGCGCAUAAAUAUAACUUUUUGUUUGGGAAGCUAAAGGGACUGUCAUGGAAUCUGCCACGGAUCUUUUUGAUCGCAAGAAGUCGGUCAGCGAUUUGUCAGCCGAGGUGGAGGAGACUUCCACUGCAACCACUGGCUUGGACUCGUCUGGGCAAUCGUCUGCGGGUGCGGCGACCACCGCAACCACAACGGCCACACAUCACGGCAGCGAUGAGGCCGAGGAAGAUAUCUUCGAGCAGGUACAAAUGAUUCUUCGCAAGCGACGCGGCUGGGGACCAGAUGACUCUCUCAGCACUAAUGAUCUCCAUUUGCUGGAAUACGACGAUGAGCUGGGCGAGGAGGAUGAUGCCGGAUGUCCACUGCCCUCCACACCGGAGGACACACAGCUCAUCGAGGCUGAGAUGACGGAAGUGCUGAAAGCUGGUGUGCUGUCGGACGAGAUCGAUUUGGGUGCAUUGGCUCACAAUGCCGCUGAGCAGGCCGAGGAAUUUGUACGCAAGGUCUGGGAGGCCAGCUGGAAGGUGUGCCACUACAAAAAUCUACCAAAAUGGCUGCAGGAUAACGAUUUUCUACACCGUGGACAUCGCCCACCGCUGCCCUCGUUCCGGGCGUGCUUCAAAUCGAUUUUCCGCAUUCACACGGAAACGGGAAACAUUUGGACACAUCUGCUGGGCUUUAUUGCCUUCAUUGGCGUGGCUGUUUACUUCAUUACGCGUCCCUCAGUGGAGAUUCAGACACAGGAGAAAAUCGUAUUUGGCGCCUUCUUUAUCGGGGCCAUCGUUUGUUUAGGAUUCUCAUUUGCUUUCCACACACUAAGCUGUCACUCUGUAGAGAUGGGAAGACUGUUUUCAAAGCUCGACUACUGUGGAAUUGCGUUGCUUAUUAUGGGAUCUUUUGUACCUUGGCUGUACUAUGGUUUCUACUGUCAUUACCAGCCAAAGGUGAUUUAUCUCUCUGUGGUCUCUGUCCUGGGCGUGCUCUCCAUCGUUGUCUCACUGUGGGAUAAGUUCUCGGAGCCAGCACUCCGUCCAUUGCGCGCUGGCGUUUUCAUGAGCUUUGGACUGUCUGGCGUCAUUCCAGCCAUUCACUACAGCGUCAUGGAGGGCUGGUUCAGCCAGAUGAGUCGUGCCAGUUUGGGUUGGCUUAUUCUCAUGGGUCUACUCUACAUAAUCGGUGCUCUGCUGUAUGCUCUACGUGUGCCCGAGCGUUGGUUCCCUGGAAAGUUCGACAUCUGGGGACAAUCGCAUCAGAUAUUCCACAUCCUUGUGAUUGCUGCCGCCUUUGUGCACUAUCAUGGCAUCUCCGAGAUGGCCAUGUACCGUGUCAUGUAUAGCGAAUGCACCGUGCCGAUUGAGCCUGUUACCUUCUAGAAGCUGAUGUGGAUACUGAGGAUACAAUCAUACAAUCAUAUAUAAAUAGAAUCCCACACAUACGAGUAUAUUCACAUACACAUUACUGCGAUUUAGCGCACUUUUACAAUGCAACCAUUUUUAGAGUUUGGUGAGCAUCUGUACCUUGUUAUAUGAAUAGAUAAAAACCCGAUCCAUAUUCCAAACAUAAUUUACGCGCAUUUAUCAUCAAAUUCAAAAUCGUUCAUUAUACAAAAGGAAAAUCUAGCAAAAGUUGAUUAUCGAAUGAAAUUUGCAGUAGAGUAAUUAAUAUAUGUACAAGUAUUUAUAAAAUU